AUGAUAGCAGGAACAAAUGGAGUUCAGAAUGAGCUUAAAGAUCAGAAGGCAACGAUCACAUUCAAAGGAAGCAUCAGCACAAGUAUUAGUACCUUCGGUGCACAGAAUGUAAACUCACCAGGUUUGAGUGCGACGAUGUUCCAGUUUUCUCCACUCGUUGAGCAUUUCUUGCAGUCGAUCACCAAAUCGCAACAGACUAAUGCCAAUUUGCCUUUGCUUGUAUUGGACUCCAGUGCCAAAACACCGAACGCCACGGAUACUCCGGAUCUCUUCAAGGUAUUUCAAGACGACAAAGAUGUUGCGACGGGUCAGCAGCAACAGCAACAACAACAACAGCAACAACCUACAUCACAGCCAUCAACUUCUGCUUAUAGCACUCACCAGGUUUUAUCGGAUUAUACACAAGUGAGUGUAAAUGGCUACUCCAUUCUGUGCUUGGUACACACCGUAUUUGUUGCCAGAGUGUCAGCCGAUCACUUUCUUACUUGCUCUUUGUGGCGAGCAAAUCGAAUUUUAAUCAGUCAAGGCGAACCGUGUGGCGUACUUGUGAUCAGUACGGGAACACAAAAAUUCUCACGUCUGAACGCACGUCGCGUUACUGCCAUACUAUAA